AUGUUACAGGCUCUCUCUCGCGCGCGCUGGCUCUACCUGACUGCACGGACAAGCACGCGCGAGUGCAAGCUCUCAUGAACAUCGUCAGCACUGUGAUCGAGAACUGUCCAUCCGUCGUCAACCACACGCCGCAGAUCGUCAAGUCCCAGCAAGGCAUGAAUUCGAUGAUCAAGAUCCUCAUUAAGAAGGGUCUGGUGACGGAUCUAGCGCGAAUCGCUCACAACCUUGACCUGUCCAGCCCCAACAUGGUCAACACCAUCAACUCUGCGCUCAAGCCCCUCGAGACAAUCUCGCGCGUCGUCAACAAUCCGUCGCCGACAGUCAAGAUUCCCGUGAAGGGCAAGAUGGUCGCCGGCGGUAAUGGCGGCGGCGGAGCGAGGAUGGCAGCUGUGAACGGAGCGCACUCGCAGAAUGCAGACGACGACGCGCAGGAUGAGGGCGCCACUGAUGCUGCCGCCGACAUGCACGAUGUGUACAGCGCGGCGGCGGCGGUCACGUCGGAGGAGACGCAGCGAGUGAUCGCUGAGACUGCGAGCGCGCUGGAAGACAUCGUCGAUCAGCUGCUGGACCGUGCUGGCGGCGCACGCAACGCCGAGACCCUCGCUGACGUGCUGGCAGCAGGUGAGGGCUGGCAGGGGGGAGGGGCGGUGCUGGCAGCAGGUGAGGGCUGGUGGGGGUGGGCUGGCAAGGCGGGGUUGGGGCUUGCGGGGAGACUUGUGGGGGAGUGCUGGCAGUAG